AACCCGUGUCCCCUGCAUUGGCAGGUGGAUUCCUAACCACUGUGCCACCAGGGAAGUCCCUCCUCAUUUGAUCUUGACAACAUAUAUUGAUUAUUUUGUCAAAUCAUGUAAGAAAACUGAUUCUCAGUGAGGUUAAGUGUUUAAGAGGACAUGCUAUUAUUUUGUAAAGGUGGAACCCAAGUUCUGGUGCCUGGAUUGCAUUCUGGUUACUAUGUAUGUUGUCAACCAGGGGAAAUAACAUAAAUUUUUUUUAAGGAAUUGAGAUUGAUUUACAAUUGAUUUUGCUGUUGCUUGGUAAUGUUUUGUGACCCAUGCUCAGUUGGUAAAAUACUUGAGUUGGCCAGGGAAAUCAGCAGAAUUUGCACAGAUUGGGGGGAUCUUAACUUGAUGUGCUGUAACCAGUAGGGCUAUACAAGUAUACUACAUGUGAAUAGUGUCGAAAUAGUGACAGCUUCUUAGAUUUUCCUGCACUAAUAUCCACUGUUUUCUUUUUUAUCAUAAAUGGAGGGAAAUAUGACUUUAAGGCUAUGGAAGUCAUUAAUCUUAAUUCAUAUUUUAUUCAUAUUCAGGUGAAUAUUGUACUUAAAGGUUGUUUAAAAUAGCAUAAGGAUUACAAUAGAAAAUAAACUAUUCUGUGUGUUUUCAAGAAGGGCACACUUAUGAAUUUGUUGGAAAACAACAGUGCUUCUUAAUUAUAUACCAUUAUAUUUAUUAGUUAUGUGCAAGCCUUGUAUAUUAAAUGUGAAAAUUUGUUAAAGGCACAUAUUGCUAAGAGAGUUUUACUUUUAUAAGGUCAUAUUGCUUUUACUAUGUUUAAACAACCUUCAUUUCUAAAUGGAACACAUAAUUAUAUCUAGGUCACUAGAAUUUUACUCCGAGCUUUUUGUCGGCUGCCACACCUUGGGGAGAAAAAAGAGAUAAAAAUUAAUGACUGUCUAGUUGAAUUUCUUGUAGUACAUUACUGUUUGUUACAUAUAUCAACAGUAGUUCAAGGUGGCACUUUAAAUUAAUUGCAUCUUCAUUAGGAAAAAUAAAAAGCAUAAGACUGUGAAGAAACACCUAAAUGGUAAGAUGACAUUAUAGUCUUUCAAUAUUAUAUCAGUUACAUAAGCAGCGUGUUAAAUGACUUAUGCACGUUAUUUAAUACUAACGACAACUGUAUAACGCGUAGAUAUCAUUCCCAAUUAACAGAUAGGAAAAUUGAGAAUUGGAGACACUGAAUAACUUGAACAAGACCACCAGGCCAGUAUGUGGCCGGAUCAGAUUUUAGACCUUGAGAAACUAGUCAGUCAAGCUAACUGGAGGUCCUAGGGCAGAAGGCCGGGGCGGCCCGCUACUAAUUGCUAAAGUUUAAUUCAGUUUAUCCUAGAGACAGCCCUUACCCCGAGACGGGGACCGCCUAGCGGCCCCAUUUAAAGUCACAGUAGACUUAGGCCCCGCCUCCCCGCCGGGCGCGCGUACUUCCUCCUGCCGCCGUUCGACGUCUCUUCGCCCCGCUCCGCCCCUGCUCGGUUGCCUUCGCAGCCGCCUUCACUCGCCUGCGACCGCGUCGCCCCGAGUGACGUCACGGGCCUCGGCCCUUUUCAUUGGUCCAUUUCAAUAGUCGCGGGAUACUUGAACUGCAUGAACAGCCGCCGCUCCGGCGGGCUGCUCGCUUCAUUUCGGGGGCGUCUUUGGUCCUCCACGUCCGGCAGUGCCUGUCUCCGCCUUUCGCAACCUCCUCGGUCGUACACGAUCUCGAGCGGGCCAGCGGGUGGGUAGGCUGGCCCGAGCUGCGGCGGGCGGGUACAGCUGGAGUGUACCUAGGCUGAUCGGCGGGACGCAGUGCACGCUGCUUGGCGCCGCAGGCUGAUCCCGCCGCGCCCCCGGGAGCAGUGAUGUUGGGCAGCUCCGCGCCCGGGCCUGCGGCCCGCGAGGCAGGCUCGGCGCUGUUAACAUUGCAGCAGACGGCGCUCCAGGAGGACCAGGAGAACAUCAACCCCGAGAAGGCGGCGCCCACCCAGCAGUCCCGGACCCGCGCUGGGCUGGCGGUACUGAAGGCCGGGAACUCGCGGGGACCAGCGCCGCAGCAGAGGCCUAAGACGCGACGGGUUGCACCUCUUAAGGAUCUUCCUAUAAAUGAUGAGCAUGUCACCGUUCCUCCCUGGAAAGCAAACAGUCAACAGCCUGCAUUUACCAUUCAUGUGGAUGAAGCAGAAGAAGAGACUCAGAAGAGGCCAGUUGAAUCUAAAAAACCAGAAAGUGAAGAUGUCUUGGCUUUUAAUUCAGCUGUUACUUUACCAGGACCGAGAAAACCACUGGCACCUCUUGAUUACCCAAUGGAUGGUAGUUUUGAGUCACCACAUACUAUGGAUAUGUCAAUUGUACUGGAAGAUGAAAAGCCAGUGAGUGUUAAUGAAGUACCAGACUACCAUGAGGACAUUCACACAUACCUUAGGGAAAUGGAGGUUAAAUGUAAGCCUAAAGUGGGUUACAUGAAGAAACAGCCAGACAUUACUAACAGUAUGAGGGCUAUCCUCGUGGACUGGUUAGUUGAAGUAGGAGAAGAAUAUAAACUACAGAAUGAGACCCUGCAUUUGGCUGUGAACUACAUUGAUAGGUUUCUUUCAUCGAUGUCUGUGUUGAGAGGAAAACUUCAGCUUGUGGGCACUGCUGCUAUGCUGUUAGCCUCAAAGUUUGAAGAAAUAUACCCCCCAGAAGUAGCAGAGUUUGUAUACAUUACAGAUGACACUUAUACCAAGAAACAAGUUCUGAGAAUGGAGCACCUAGUUUUGAAAGUCCUUGCUUUUGACUUAGCUGCACCAACAAUAAAUCAGUUUCUUACCCAGUACUUUCUGCACCAGCAGUCUGCAAACUGCAAAGUUGAAAGUUUAGCAAUGUUUUUGGGAGAAUUAAGUUUGAUAGAUGCUGACCCAUAUCUAAAGUAUUUGCCAUCGGUGACCGCCGCAGCAGCCUUUCAUUUAGCACUCUACACUGUCACGGGACAAAGCUGGCCUGAAUCAUUAGUACAAAAGACUGGAUAUACGCUGGAAACUCUAAAGCCUUGUCUCAUGGACCUUCACCAGACCUACCUCAGAGCUCCGCGGCAUGCACAACAGUCAAUAAGAGAAAAGUACAAAAACUCAAAGUAUCAUGGUGUUUCUCUCCUCAACCCACCCGAGACACUAAAUGUGUAACAGUGAAAGACUGCCUUUGUUUUCUAGGAUGUAAAUCACUCAAAGUAUAUGGUGUACAGAUUUUAUCUUAGGUUUUAAUUUUACAAUCAUUUCUGAAUACGGAAGUUACGGUCAAGUACAAAUUAUGGUAUCUAUUACUUUUUAAAGGUUUUAAUUUGUAUAUCUUUUGUACAUGUAACUAUCUUAGAUAUUUGGCUAAUUUUAAGUGGUUUUUGUUAAAGUAUUAAUGAUGCCAGCUGUCAGGAUAAUAAGAAAUAAAUUGAUUUGGAAAA